CAUCUGCCCCUGGUCCUCCCUUUCUCUCCCAUCGUCCUCAUCGUCGGCCACAGCGAGCUCCGCUUCGCAUCGCAAACAGGGCAUAUCAUCUGUACUUGAGAGAGAUCGCGCCAUGGCGGAGCCCAACACGUCCUCCUCCACUCUCCAUCCCCCGCGCCUCGCCGCCAUGUUCGCGGUCACCCCGAGCGCGCCGGGAACCCCAGUCCACUCUAUCCAGUCGAUGCGCCGUAAGUCGGCCGGACACUCGGGUCCUUUAACCAAGAUUCUCGUCGCGAACCGCGGUGAAAUUGCCAUCCGUGUGUUCCGUACUUCUCACGAGCUCGCGAUGCACACGGUCGCGAUCUACUCGUACGAGGAUCGUCUGUCUGCUCAUCGUCAAAAGGCAGAUGAGGCGUACCAGGUCGGCAAGGGCCUCACGCCCGUCGGUGCUUACCUCGCCCAAGACGAUAUUAUUCGCAUUGCUCUCGAGCACGGCGUGGACAUGAUCCACCCCGGAUACGGUUUCUUGUCCGAGAAUGCAGAGUUCGCGCGCAAAGUCGAGCAGGCCGGCCUUGCUUUCGUCGGACCGUCUCCCGAGUGUAUCGACCAGCUCGGUGACAAGACAAAGGCGCGUACGCUUGCCAUGAAGGUCGGCGUGCCUGUCGUCCCCGGUACCCCCGGCGCUGUCGCCAAGUGGGAAGACGCGGACGCGUUCAUCAAGGAAUACGGCCUACCAGUUAUCAUCAAGGCCGCGAUGGGCGGUGGUGGUCGUGGUAUGCGUGUCGUUCGCGAGCAGGCCGACUUCAAGGACUCCUUCGAGCGCGCCGUCAGCGAGGCGAAGUCUGCGUUCGGCGACGGAACUGUCUUCAUCGAGCGUUUCCUCGAGCGCCCUCGUCACAUCGAGGUGCAGCUGCUUGCCGACGCGGUUGGUAACACGGUGCACCUGUUCGAGCGUGACUGCUCCGUCCAGCGUCGUCACCAGAAGGUCGUUGAGGUCGCCCCCGCGACCCAUCUGCCCGAGGAGGUCCGCAGAGCAAUUCUGGCAGACGCCAUUAAGCUCGCACGGGCAGUCGGCUACAGGAACGCCGGUACCGCCGAGUUUUUGGUCGACCAGAUGGGCAGGCAUUACUUCAUUGAAAUCAACCCUCGUAUCCAGGUCGAGCACACUAUCACCGAGGAAAUUACGGGCAUCGACAUCGUCGCCGCACAGAUCCAGAUCGCCGCGGGUGCUACGCUCCCUCAGCUCGGUCUCACUCAGGAGGCGAUCACCAAGCGUGGGUUCGCCAUCCAGUGCCGUAUCACGACAGAAGACGCGUCGCAGAACUUCCAGCCCGACACUGGUAAGAUCGAGGUCUACCGUAGCGCGGGUGGAAAUGGUGUGCGUCUCGACGCCAGCUCUGGUUUCGCCGGUGCGCAGAUCACGCCUCAUUACGACAGUUUGCUCGUCAAGUGCACUGUGAGCGGCACCACCUAUGAGGUCGCCCGUCGCAAAAUGUUGCGCGCGCUGGUCGAGUUCCGCAUUCGUGGUGUCAAGACAAACAUCCCCUUCUUGUUCCGUCUUCUGACUCACGACGUCUUCAUCGGCGGCAAGACCUGGACUACUUUCAUCGACGACACACAGGAACUCUUCAAGCUCGUCCAAAGCCAAAACCGUGCUCAGAAGCUGCUCUCAUACCUCGGCGACCUCGCCGUCAACGGCUCUUCUAUCAAGGGUCAACAGGGCGAGCCGGGUCUCGGAACCGAAAUCGACAUCCCCAAGCUCGCAAACCGCGAGGACCCCAACGGCCCCCCGCUGGACACCUCCGUGCCUUGCGAGCUCGGCUGGCGCAACAUCAUCGUCGAGAAGGGCCCCGAGGCCUUCGCCAAGGCCGUUCGCGAGUACCCCGGCGUGCUCAUCAUGGACACGACUUGGCGUGAUGCCCACCAGUCGCUGCUCGCGACACGUCUCCGGACAAUCGACAUGGCCAACAUCGCGAAGGAGACCAGCUGGGCGCUCGCGAACUCGUACAGUUUGGAGUGCUGGGGUGGUGCGACGUUCGACGUCGCUAUGCGUUUCCUGUACGAGGACCCUUGGGAGCGUCUGCGCACACUGCGCAAGCUUGUGCCCAACAUUCCCUUCCAGGCCCUCGUCCGUGGCGCCAACGGUGUGGGUUACACUAGCUACCCCGACAACGCUAUCUACGACUUCUCCAAGAAGGCUGUAGAGAACGGUCUCGACAUCUUCCGUGUCUUCGACUCGCUGAACUACAUCGAGAACAUGAAGCUCGGUAUCGACGCUGCCAAGAAGGCUGGUGGUGUUUGCGAAGCCGUCGUCUGCUACACCGGCGAUGUUGCCAACCCCAAGAGGACGAAGUACACUCUUCAGUACUACCUCGACUUCGUGGACCAGCUUGUUGCCGAGGGAAUCCACGUCCUUGGUAUCAAGGACAUGGCCGGUCUGCUUAAGCCCGAAUCCGCGAAGAUUCUCAUUGAGGCCAUCCGGAAGAAGUACCCCGACCUCCCUAUCCACGUGCACUCCCACGACACUGCGGGUAUCUCUACUGCGAGCAUGAUCGCGGCCGCCGCUGCAGGCGCGGACGUCGUGGACGUCGCCAUCGACAGCAUGUCCGGUCUCACGUCGCAGCCCCCCAUGGGUGCUGUGUGCAGCGCGUUGGAGCAGACUCACCUGGGCACCGGCAUCCGCUACGACGAUAUCCAGGCGCUCAACAUGUACUGGAGCCAAGUCCGGUUGCUCUACCAGUGCUUCGAGGCCAACGUCCGCGCUUCCGACUCGAGUGUCUUCGAGCACGAGAUGCCUGGAGGCCAGUACACGAACUUGAUGUUCCAAGCCGCGCAGCUCGGUCUCGGUGCUCAGUGGUCAGAGGUCAAGAAGAAGUACAUCGAGGCCAACGAUCUCUGCGGAGACAUCAUCAAGGUCACGCCUUCGUCCAAGGUCGUCGGCGACUUUGCGCAGUACAUGGUGCAGAACAGCCUGACCAAGCAGGACGUUCUGGAGCGUGCCGACCAGCUCGACUUCCCGUCAUCAGUCGUCGAGUUCUUCCAGGGCUACCUUGGUCAGCCCGUUGGAGGCUUCCCUGAGCCCCUUCGCAGCAAGAUCAUCCGCAACAAGCCCAGGAUCGAGGGUCGUCCUGGCGCGAGCCUUGCUCCCAUCGAGUUCAAGAAGGUCAAGGCGGAGCUUCGCAGCAAGUUCGGCAAGCACAUCACCGACUCGGAUGUUACUUCGUAUGUCAUGUACCCCAAGGUCUUCGAGGAGUACCAGGCCUUCGUUGAGAAGUACGGAGAUUUGAGCGUCAUCCCCACUCGCUUCUUCCUUGGUCGUCCGGACGUCGGGAAGGAGAUGAUGAUCGAGAUUGAGAAGGGCAAGACCAUCAUCGUUCGCCUUAUGGCGGUCGGUCCUGUCAUCGAGGGUCGUGCGCAGCGCGACGUCUGGUUCGAGGUCAACGGCGAGGUUCGCGCGCUCUCUGUCGAGGACAAGAACUCCGCCGUCGAGACGGUGUCUCGCGAGCGUUCGACGAGCGACCCUGGCUCUGUGGGUGCACCGAUGUCUGGUGUGGUCAUCGAGGUGCGCGUCAAGGAGGGUGCCGAGAUCAAGAAGGGCGACCCCGUCUGCGUGAUGAGCGCCAUGAAGAUGGAGUCUUCGGUCACUGCGCCGGUGUCUGGCCACAUCAAGCGCGUCGUUGUGCACGAAGGGGACUCGAUCAACCAGGGCGACUUGGUGGUGGAGAUUGUGCAUUAAUCCGUCCGUUCCGUUUGGCUGCACCCGCAAGAAUGGCACGAUGUUGUACGAGUAUGAAUACGUUAGAAGUCAAGGCUACUGUCACCAAUAGAAUCUGUUUCACGUCCCACA